AUGAGUUUUCACUUAGUGCCCCCGCCAGUAUCGAACAAACAAAACAAAUCCAAACUGAGCUCAAAUGAAAAGAUACCCAAGAAAACUACAAUUUCGACUAAUAUAAAGAUCCACGGUAAUCCGAGGCCCCAACUACGGACAACAAAAUCGUCAAAUAGCAGCGUUUCUAGUUAUUCGGACCACACACCUGAAAUAAGGAACAAAAAUGGUGCAGUGAAUGCGGAUGAAUUAUCUAAGAGUUUGUUGGGAUUAAAAAAAUCGAUGUCGUCUCUAUCGUUGUCUCACAAGUCAAAGAAGAAGAGCAAGAAUAGCGAAAGUCAAGGAUCAUAUACACCGAUAUCACCCAGAAACAACAGGAGAAGUAAGCAUGAAAAUGCCGGAACUUCAUCUAAUGGAAGUUCCUCUCCAGUAUUGAAUCGUUCGAACUCUUCGAGCUUGUCUAAUUUGAAGGCUGCGCAUUCACGGUCGGAGUCUCCAUCUAUGCCGCAAUUACUUUCAAACAACCAAGCUAAUACUAAUAUAGCAAGUGCACGCUAUAUGGACUUAGAUUACAUAAGUCGUAUAUUAGACAACUCCGAUUUACAACGAUAUUCAUCUCAUAGUCGUAGCGUAAGUGCAGAUAACGGGAACAAGAAGAAAAUAGAUGCUAUUGAUUUUAAGCCGAUUAUAGACCUUUCGAUAGUGAAUUCAUAUGAGAAAAUGAAGGAACACAUGGUUUUUCCUACCUUCCACGUUUUGAAAUAUCGUAACUUUCUAAGCAUUCUAAGUGAUCAUCAUCAGAAUGAUCCUAUUAGUUUUGCAAGUGUGAGAAAUCAUUCCCUAAUAAAUUUCAUAGCUAGUUAUAAAGGAGGUAAACAAGAACCGGAAAACUUGGAUGACAAACAAAAUGAUGUAACAUAUUAUGAAACUUUGUUAGGGACAGAAUUGUUACGCUCAAGAAGCAUAUUUCGAGAGUUGAUAAGACGAGACUCUGCAAAAAUUGAAAAUAAAUCAAAAAUUAUAAACUGUGAAGAGUUAUUACAAUUGAAUCUAUCCAACUACGUUAGGUUUGUUCUUGAUUUGCCCGAUGAAAUACCAGUUCCUUUGGAACAAUUAGACAGUAUUCAGCGCACACAUUAUAAAUAUAAAGAAUUGUUUAAAAAAAUCGGGCAUGUAUUAUAUUUGAAGAAUAAGGAAGUUGGUGGAGAUGAAAACCCUGAUUCUGGUAACGCUUACAUUCUACAGACAAUCAGAGAAGUUUCAUACGAGUACAUUUUACUUGAGAAAUAUCUUCUUCAUAUCUUUACGAAGCUUGGUGAUAAUUCGUUGAUUCAAAGUAGAAAUCUAAAUGUUUUGUUUGAUAAAUUUAAUAAUAAAAUGCAAAUGAAAGAUAGCGAAUCAAUAAAAGUCUUGCAUUAUAACGCAUAUUUCAGUUCUCAAUAUUCAUGGUAUUUAUCAAUUACUGCUCCAUUUCUAAGAGUAGUUGAAAUGAACUCUUAUUCGGAGAAUUUUGAGCUUGUUAAUAAUUAUGAUAAUUACUAUAAAAAUUUCAACGAUGUCAAGAAAGUUUCGUUUAAAAAUCUGGAUUCCGACCUUUACGAAACGUACUUCAAGAAUCUAGGACUCAAUGAUUAUUUGAAAUAUCGGUUAAUGACGCCGGAAAAAUUGGUUGCAUUACAGAAGUCUAUUGAUACAAUAGCACAAAAGUUGAAAAGCUACAAGAAAUUAGAAUCUGAUGAUAACAUAUCUAACUGCAGUCACAAGCCUAUGAACUUUGAAUACUAUACAGAAUCUUUAGCGACUAUAUCCUCCGAAACUUUUCAUCUUAUUCAAUCGAGAGACUUGCCACUUCAGUUGACCCUCAAUAAUUACUCAGUAAUAUUAAAAGAAUUCCAUAGAAUAUUGCAAAAAGAUGGGAUACUUGAAAUUCCGUUUAUACAACUAACCCGUAACAAGGUAAAGGAAACCUUCCAGCAAAUGCACGAUUUUUCCAAAGAUGAGGGAUUCAUGAAUUUAAAUUUACUAGAGCAAUUUAACAUGAUUCCAGACUUUUUGAAAACUAUAUUAGCGGAAUUAUCUCGUAUUUUUGGCAAGGGAAAUGUAAAAUAUCAUGUGUCACUUUUGAAUAGUAUUGGUGAAUUAAACUGCUUCUUGGUUAAGCACAUAUGUUUUCAGCUUUUUGAAAUGUUUGGUCGUUUGGAUGAGUACUGUUCAAAAUUUACCGAUGUGGACGAUAUGAGCUUGCGUGAUAUUAACGAAGAAGGCAUGUAUUAUUUUAUAUAUAUAAAGGCCCAAAAGAAAUAG